GACAUAGUUGACUAAAUUCAUACAAAGAUAAGUGCUCCCAUUCAUCUUCUUUCUGUUGAAGAGGAAUGGCUGUGUCUGUUGUGUCCUGUGUGGUGACAAGGCUUGGUAACUUGGUCGCACAAGAAGCAAUAUACUUGAACGAUGUGAGUGACAAAGUUCAUGAGUUACAAACGGAGCUUACGCGGAUGCAAUGCUUUUUAAAAGAUGCUGAUGCGAGGCAGAAUGAAUCAGCGUUUGUAAAGAAUAGCGUUGUAGAAAUGAAAGAUCUUGGUUAUGAUGCAGAAAAUAUCAUUGCGACUUGUGCCCUCACAGUUGCAUCCAGAAAGGGAAGGGUGACCAAGUUCAGCAAGGGAGGAGGCGUACAAAAGGCCCUCGAGAGGUUCGCUUGCAUCUUGGGUGAAGGAAUUACAGUGCACCAAGUAGGGUCAAAGAUUGCAGAUAUAAUGGCAAAACUUUCUAAUUUGAGAAAGAGUUUUGAAGACAGCAUAAGAGAAUCAAUAAUGCAAGGACGCGGACCAAGUUCAUUGAAUGAGACGCAACGAGACCAAAGGGAAACUUAUCCUCAUCCUGAACGUAUCGUUGUUGGGUUGGAAGAUGAUACAAAUAAAUUGGUGGUGUUUCUAUUGAAAGAGGAAGGAGUUGCUUCCAUAUGUGGUAUGGGUGGUCUGGGAAAGACCACUCUUGCCAAGAUGGUUUAUAAUCACCAUGAAGUCAAGCGGCACUUUGACCGCCAUGCUUGGGUAUAUAUCUCUCAACAAUUUCAAAGAAGACGAGUAUACUCUAUAAUGAAAACAACGAUGGAAAAGUUAGGCAAGGAAAUGAUUGGAUAUUGUGGAGGUUUACCAUUGGCUGUCAUUGUUCUUGGAGGUCUUUUAGCUACAAAGCAAACAGAAGAAUGUUAUGACGAUCUGCCUUACCACUUGAAACCAUGUUUUUUAUAUUUAGCCCAUUUCCUAGAGGAUUUUGAGAUAACAAGAAAGGAAUUUAUUCGGAUGUGGAUGGGAGAAGGCUUUAUAUCACAAAUUCAGCAUAGAGGAGGAAGAGAGGAUACAAUGGAGGAUUGGAGAGAAAUAUUACAGGAGCUAGUGUAGAGGUGCAUGAUUCAAGUGGGGAAAAUUGGCUCACUUGGAAGGAUCAGAACUUGUCGAAACCAUGAUCUUAUGCGAGAAUUUUGGGUAUCAAAAGCCCAAAGGGAAAGUGAUAAUUGCCUCGAGGGGAUUAAAUUCAAUAAAUAUCCUUACCUUAGGUCUCUUCUCUACUUUGUGCCUUGUGACAAUGAUUUGUAUCUUAAAGAAUCUUAUUUCAAGAAAAUCAGGUUGCUUAGAGUCUUAAAUCUUGAAAAUUUUCAAAUAUUUUUUUUGUGUGGAAACUUACCUGAUGACAUUGGAUAUCUCAUCCACUUGAGAUUUUUAUCUUUGAAAAAUACCAAGAUAGAAAUCUUGCCAUCAUCCAUGGGCAAUUUGAAGUGCUUGGAGACACUAGAUUUGCUGGCUCAAGAAUACAGUAUGAGGGUACCAAAUGUAUUUAAGAACAUGAAACAAUUAAGGCAUCUGUAUCUACCCAUUUAUUAUAUGUUCUUCGCACGCGCGACAACUUUUUUAAAUGAAUGGGAAUGGGAUUCAGAUGUAGUACAAGUAGUAUCAAGCUGUCCUUAUAUAUAUAAGCUAAAUCUACACUGCUUAAUAAAGAAUCUCCCAGAAGCUCACCAAUUCUCUCCAAAUCUGGCCAAGUUGACCUUAUGGAGAACUGGUCUUGAAGAAGACCCAAUGGCAACAUUAGAGAAGUUGCCAAACUUAAAAAUCCUUCUCCUUCUUUUUAAUUCAUUCUUAGGAAAGAAUAUGGUUUGUUCUCAAAGAGGAUUUCCUUUGCUUCAGUUUCUUGUCCUUUCUGAAUUGAGAUAUUUAGAUGAGUGGAGGGUGGAUGAAGGAGCCGCACCCAAUCUUUUACGUUUGGAAAUUAGAGAAUGCUGGUGCUUGAUGACAAUUCCAGAUUGAUUGAGUUUCAUUGCAACCCUCCAGAAAUUGGAGAUCAAUGACAUGACAAAGUCAUUCAAAGAUAGGCUUGACAAAGGAGGACCUGGUUUUUACAAAGUCCAACAUGUCCCUUAACUUGUAUUUCAACAAUGUGACAGAGAAUGAUAAUCUUUAGCUAA